AUGGAAGAAAGUACCAAUGCAUUUCUGGCGCACCUGCCGCCGGACACGCCGUACUAUCAGUAUGCUGGCAUGGGGCAGCUCGAGGACUUGCCUUCCAACACCGACUUUGUGGUCAUUACAGAGAUUGCUCCCGAUACGGUCGACAGUACUGAGCGUUUUCCUGGACGCGUUAACUACUCUCCGACUCUUCGAAUCCUAAUUUUAAAGAUGGUUAAUGAGGUGCACGAGAUCGCCGCCGAAAAAUUCGUUGUCAUGCUUGCAAUUCUAACAGAGCGUAUGGCGGUGCGUCGUCGAAUUACAAACCGCGGCGCAACACGGACAGAAACUCCUGGUCGGUGCAAGGAAGCAGAUCGCUCAUGGGCUCCGGCCUAUGAAUGUGGCCAAACAUAUCUUGAAUGGCCCACUGUGGCCCUAGAAGUCGGGUCAUCAGAAUCAAAAGCGAAACUGGAGAAGGACAUUGCGUGGUGGAUUAAUGGCUCGAAAGGGGAGGUUCGCCAGGGUAUCGUCAUCAAUAUUCAAAAAGCCUCCUCGAGCAUCUACAUUACGUCGUGGAUGCCGGCCCAUGACAGUUCAAAUCCUACAACUGGAGGAAGUAGGAGCCGGCCCCUGAAUGUCACCAGAGAACAACCACCUCGCCUAAUUCAAAGUAUUACGAUAAAUCAUGGAAAGAAUGGCAAACCGGCAACACUCAAAGGAGGAACUCUUACUAUUCCCGCUGGCCAUCUUCUUAACGAUCCCACUUCGGCGACCGGGGAUUUCAUUUUCACAGAAGAAAUUUUGCUUGAGGAUAUUGCAAAGCCAAUUUGGGCUGCAAUCGAUGCAGAGAAGGGAAGUGUGGAAAGAAUGGGCUGA